CGCGGGGAAGGCGGGCGGGAAGCACCUGCGGUGGCCGCCUAAUACCCGGCUCUGCGAGGCGCGUAACAUCCACGGAAGCUGGACCGCUGCGCGCAGGAAUGUCUUUCCUCCCGAACCCAAGCUUCUUCUCCAUGGGGAUGUGGUCCAUUGGUGCAGGAGCCCUGGGGGCUGCUGCCUUGGCACUGGUCCUGGCCAACACAGACAUGUUUCUAUCCAAGUCCCAAGAAGCAACACUGGAGUAUCUGGAAGAUAUAGACCUGAAAACAUUGGAGAAGGACUCAAGGACUUUCAAAGCAAAGGAGCUAUGGGAAAAGAAUGGAGCUGUGAUUAUGGCUGUGCGGAGGCCAGGCUGUUUCCUCUGUCGUGAGGAGGCUGCAGACCUGUCCUCCCUGAAACCCAAGCUGGAUAAACUGGGCGUCCCCCUCUAUGCUGUGGUGAAAGAGCAGGUUGGCACUGAAGUGAAAGACUUCCAGCCUUAUUUCAAAGGAGAAAUCUUCCUGGAUGCACAGAAAAAGUUCUAUGGUCCACAGCGACGGAAGUUGUUGUUCAUGGGAUUCUUGCGCCUGGGUGUGUGGUGCAACUUCUUCCGGGCCUGGAGUGGAGGCUUCUCUGGAAACCUGAAAGGCGAAGGUGUCAUCCUUGGUGGAGUUUUUGUAGUGGGAUCAGGAAAGCAGGGUAUUCUGCUUGAGCAUCGAGAAAAAGAAUUUGGAGACAAAGUAAACCCACUUUCUAUUCUGGAAGCUGCCAAGAAGGUCAGACCCAGGAGUCCAGCCUCAGAGAGCAAAUGAUCACAUGAAGGGGGCCAGCUAUGACUAACUAGGGACACUCACUUGUGUUGCUGGGGAGUUAGAAACCCGCUUACACCAUAUUCUCACUAUGGAUUAUUAAUACAUUGUAGUAUUGUUUUCAGUGUAGGCCCAAAGGCAAAAUAGGCCCAAAAACAA